UUUGAGUCGAUAUCGGUUAAAAUUAGAAUAAUAGUUGCUGACAUUUUCCUGGACCCGACGAUUCGUCUCAGAGUUUUGUGUGUCGAUCUGAGUCCGUGGAGAACUGAACGGAGCUCCGGCAAAUUCUCAAAUUCCUCGAAUCUUGGGCGAUAUGGAUUUCUCUGGAGGUGGAAACUGGAGCAUGAUCCCCAAUAUCCCCACUCUCAGCAACUCUUCUAAUCUUUCCAACCAGGAAUCCCUCUAUCUCCAACAGCAGCAAUUUUCUCUCCAGCAACAACAGCCCUUUCACCACCAACAGCAGCAAUUUCAGCCCCAAUUGCAACCCCAACAGUUUCAGCAGCAGCAGCCCUCCCCCCAAUUUCAGCAGCAACAGCCCUCGCCCCAAAUCCAGCCGCAGCAACCCUCGCCCCAAUUCCAGCAGCAAUUGCAACCCCAACAUUUUCCCCAGCAGCAGCAACAGCAACAGCAGUAUCAUUUUCAACAACAGCAGCAACAGCAACAGCAGCGGCUUCUUCAACAGCAACAGCAACAGCAGCAGCAGCAGCAGCAGCAGCAGCAACAAUAUCAUCAACACCAAUCUCUGGCCUCGCAUUUUCAUCUAUUUCACCUAGUGGAGAAAUUAGCGGAUGCAAUUGAGAACGGAGCUAGAGAUCAACAAUCGGACGCAUUGGUCAACGAUCUGAAUAACCAUUUUGAAAAGUGCCAGCAACUACUAAACUCGAUAUCUGGAUCACUCAGCUCAAAGGCUAUGACAGUAGAUGGACAGAAGAAAAAGCUGGAAGAACACAAACAGUUGUUAAAUCAUCGAAGGGAACUAAUUGGCAAGUAUAAGAACUCUGUUGAAGAGCUUGUCAAGGGUGACCAUUAGCCACUUCUCACCCAUUCCUCAUUGGGCCUGGCUAGCACAAAUCACCUGUUUUGAAGAGAUGCAAAAAAGCUAUUCACCGAGUCUUGCAAUUUCAUGGAGGGGCAUUUUAUGUGUAAUCAGGCUCCUGCAUUUCCCAACAUGAUGAUUCAUCAUUCGCAGUUGAAUUCAAUCUUCUCCACUCUCUUAAGUGCUACCAGACACGACUUUUUCUGGAAAUUCAGUUACCUAUAAUUAUCUUGUACAGUUAUUCACAGUUAACAGCUAAAAUUAAUGACAGUGAAAGCUUUCUCCAGUUUAUCAUUUCUUUAAAUGUUAAAUUUGGAUUGACUAUU